CAGCUGUAAAUGUCAAAUGCAAGUCGAAUGAAAACAGAUGAUUAUUCUUGAAAAAACGUAGUUCAGAUUAUUUUAUUUAUUAUUUCUACAAUAAAAUCAGUCCAAUAUGGAUCCCGCCUUAUUAAAAGAAAGAGAAUUAUUUAAAAAACGUGCACUUACAACUCCUACUGUAGAAAGAAAAAAGACUGAUUCAAGACCAGAACCAACUCGAGAUGAUAGCAAAAGGUUUAAGUCUUCUAGUAGUAGCACUCCUAAACUUGAUAUCAACACAUACAAAACAGCAACAGGAAGUUCGCAAUAUCGAUUUGGUGUUCUUGCUAAGAUCGUGAAACAUAUGAGAAAGAGGCACCAAGAAGGUGAAACAUAUCCACUCACAUUAGAGGAAAUUUUAGAUGAAACUAAUCAGUUAGAUGUAGGGAAUAAAGUCAAGCAAUGGCUGCAAACUGAAGCGUUAGUAGAUAAUCCAAAAAUUGAGGUUACUUCUGAUGGAAAGUUUUUAUUCAAAGCUCCAUAUAAGUUAAAAGACAGAAAAAGCUUACUGAAACUAUUGAAACAACAAGAUUUAAAAGGGUUAGGUGGCGUAUUGUUAGAUGAUGUACAGGAGUCAUUGCCACACUGUGAAAAGGCUUUAAAGAUUCUUCAAAAUCAAAAUGAAAUAAUUUUUAUAACUAGGCCAAUAGACAAGAAAAAAGUUCUUUUUUACAAUGAUAGGACAGCCACUUUACCUAUUGAUGAAGAAUUUCAAAAGCUUUGGCGUUCUGUUGCCGUGGAUGCCAUGGAUGAUGCAAAAAUAGAUGAAUAUUUAGAGAAACAAGGAAUUAGAUCAAUGCAGGAUCAUGGACCUAAGAAACCAAUAGCUCCAAAGAGGCACAAAACGAGUCAACGCAAAAAGACUUUUAAGAAACCUAGAGAUAACGAACAUUUGGCUGAUGUUCUGGAAACCUAUUCAGAUAACACACUUACUCAAAAGAAUUCUGUAUAAUUUCAAUAGUCAAAUAAAUUCAUAUGUUAAAUAAGUUGUAG